CACGCCGACCUGAAGAGCACAUGGCUACGUACUACGUAUUCAGAAGACUGCGCUCGGUGCUGUUGUUUCCUCCAUAACUCGUCUGCCUCCCUUCACGUAAUUACCCACCUUGUGGUUCCGACUCCUUACUCUGCAAUCUUGGUCACGAUUGCUCCGAUCAACAUCGAAUGACCCGGGCUACUACUAUCUGCUAGAACCAUGUCUCAGCUGAACGAGAUCCGCGGCCGACUGGCACUGAUUACCGGCGCCUCUGGAGGAAUUGGUGCAGCCUGCGCACGACAGCUGGCUGAGCGCGAGGUCCAUUUGGCUUUGACGUACUCAUCAAACUCGGCUUCAAUCACAUCUCUCAAGGAUGAGCUGUCAUCAAAAUACCCCACACUCCGUAUUACAAUCCACCAGGUCGAUGUGGCAUCUGCUGAACAAAUUGAGGCCAUGUUCGUGGAGAUUGACGAGCAGCAUGGACAACGACCUGACAUCCUUGUCUCCAACGCCGGCCACGGCAAGCGAAUCCGCCAGAUCUGGGAUAUUUCACUCGAGGACUUCGACUAUACGUUGAAUGUCAACCUUCGGGCCUCAUUCAUCUUGUCAAAGGGAGUGGUUGAGCACAUGAAGAAUCAGCGAUGGGGACGAAUCGUGUUCAUGUCCUCGAUUGCUGGCUACGGAGGAGGUAUCAAUGGUUGCCAUUAUGCCGCCUCGAAGGCUGGCAUGACCGGUAUGAUGAAGAAUCUCUCCACUCGACUGGCGGAGUACAAUAUUAGCGUGAAUGACGUCGCACCUGCAAUCAUCGGCGACACGGGGAUGAUUCCUAACGCUGACUCGGUUCCGGAGAUCGCUGCAAGUAUUCCCCUCGGGCGGGUUGGAACUCCAGGGGAGGUUGCGAAUGUGGUGACUAUGCUUGUGACGACAGGUUACAUGACGGGCCAAAGCUUGCUGAUCGGAGGCGGUUUGAAAUAGAGGCUGUUGAGGCCU